AGUUAAGCUACAACAGAAUGCAGCGCCGGUGAGGAGAGAGGAGAGAGGAGAGACAGAGAGUGGGGACAGGUCUCGAGACACAACAAUCCAACCACUUGCUCCCAAUAAAAUACAAACUCCAUUUUUCUCUCUCUCUAAAACUCUCUAGGGCUUUCAAUCUGAAUCUAUCCAUAAUUCAACAAGUUUCCCAUCCCAACUGCUUACAGGUAAUAACAAUGUCGACUCCUUCAAGGAAGAGGCUGAUGAGGGAUUUCAAGCGGUUGCAGCAAGACCCUCCUGCGGGAAUAAGCGGGGCACCCCAAGACAACAAUAUAAUGCUCUGGAAUGCUGUUAUAUUUGGUCCUGAUGAUACACCGUGGGAUGGAGGUACGUUCAAGUUGACACUUCAGUUUACGGAGGAUUAUCCAAACAAGCCACCAAUAGUGCGAUUUGUCUCCAGAAUGUUCCACCCAAACAUCUAUGCGGAUGGAAGUAUAUGUCUGGAUAUUCUACAAAAUCAGUGGAGUCCAAUAUAUGAUGUAGCAGCUAUACUUACAUCUGUCCAGUCACUGCUCUGUGAUCCAAACCCUAACUCUCCUGCAAAUUCGGAAGCUGCUCGGAUGUUUAGCGAGAGCAAAAGAGAGUACAACCGUAGAGUAAGGGAGGUUGUGGAGCAGAGUUGGACAGCAGACUGAUUCUCGGCCGGUGCUCUUGUAUGGCCGUCCCCAGUCUCCCGGAGCUUGUGGGCUUGUCGCGGUCUCUCCAAGAACUAUUAUGCAAACUUUUUACCUAUAGUAUGAGAAACGAUUGCUCCCCUUCCUAUUGCUUCUGGUAGGGCUGUUUAUCUUGAUAUAAUUAUGAUAUGCUGCACUUGAUAAGCUUGUGUAAAUUUAAAUUCCACGUAUUGAUUUGCCUUGAAAUGUAAUGAACUUGCCUGCUGCUAUAAAUUCUGCUGUUUUGAUUCCAAUUACUAUAAAUUCCUUCAAAAUGCAAUUUGAUGACAGUGAUCAAGGCUCUCUUUGUCCCGAAA